AUGUUCAUUCGAUUGGGAAAUAUCAGCCUUUUCCUCUUUGUCUUCCUCGUCUUGCUGGGAGCUUCACAGGCUCGCUUUGGCAUGUAUGAGCCCCUUUUCAUUGAUAAAAACAGUGAAAAUAUCGAGCUAGUUCCUCAAAUAUUUCCGGUGAAUGUCAAAAAUAAUGUCCUAAUCAAUGAGCAGGCAAAAUCGACAUACAUUGGUGACUUACAUGCUAAGCUUCUAGACAAAUACGGCACCAAAUUUAUAUGGAGGAUUGAUGUUUGUUUGUGUCUUUGUUUCUCUUUAUUGUUUACCGAUUUAGCUUUUAGGCUUUUCUUUUGCAUUGCAAGCAGAUGUUCAACACUUUUGAAGACAAAAUCACUCAAAUCGAAUCCAAGUCGUCCCCUUCUCCCACGAUGA